AUGUCGCUAGCGCAUUCACUCAAGACUAUCGGCAGACCUAUCAGCCGUGAUGAAUUAUUCAAGUACACGAAUGGGCGUUUUUUGGCAAACGAGAAGAAGGCCCUUGACCGCAGAUAUCUGAAUUUUGACAUAGAUCAACUCUGCGCAGUAGGCGCGUCCACUGGGCAACAAUCACCUGUCCGUGCAAUUGAAAAGAUGGAGGGAGGGUUCAGCAAGGCGCUUCUUCUAUGUAAGGAGGAUGGAAGCGAAAUCAUUGCGAAGAUGCCGUUCUCCAUUGCUGGGCCAUCAAAGUACACAACAGCUUCUGAAGUAGCUGUUCUUCAAUAUUGUAAGGAUGCCAUGGAUACAAAUGCGGUCCCUGUUCCGAAGGUUUUAGCCUGGGAUUCUGAUCCGUCAAACCCUGUGGGCGCCGAAUACAUUAUGAUGGAAAAGGCUCCUGGGAUACAGCUAUUCAAGAUAUGGGCCGAAAUGAGUGACUGGGAUAAACUAUGCAUUGUGCAGCAGCUAACAAAGCUUGAAGGCCAAAUAGCCCGGAUCCGCUUCCCUGCCAGCGGAAGUCUUUACCUCUGCGAGUCCAUGGGAGACAACGACACAUAUGUCAGUCUAGGUCGCGAAUCGGACCCAUCUGGACAGUUCUGCAUAGGGCCAUCCUGUGAGCGAGGAUGGCACCCCCCAGGCAUGACAGCGUCUUUGCGUUCUGCUUUCAACCCAGGACCAUGGCCUGAUUUGUCUUCUUUCGGUAUCGCCCUUGUUGAACGGGAGAUUGCGCUCCUCAGACAGGAGUUGACGACCGCUACCUAUAGCCCACCCCGUGGAUCUUUUGAUGAACAAAUGACUGUUCUUGAGAUGACCAAACGAGUAAUGUCUGCCUUAAAUGAACCCACAUUUAUCGACCGAGUCUCUGAGCCAGUCUUGUGGCACACUGAUCUACACAUGGGCAAUAUCUACGUGUCUGAAGAGGAUCCAGCCAAAAUUGUCUCUCUUAUUGACUGGCAGUCAAUUGUGGUCUCACCUUCAUUCAUUCAAGCACGCUUCCCAGAAUUCUUGCCAGUCAAUGAAGACUACGCCCUUGGUACUACAGAGUUUCCUAAGCUUCCGCAAAACUACAAUGAGAUGGACGCGGACAGUAGAGAAUAUGCAGAGCAUAAGCUGAAGGAAGCUAAGCUAGCAAAGGGGUGGGAGCUAAGCAGUGGAUCAGAGAACAAUCGGGCAUACAAAGUUUUGCGAAUACCGUCAUUCUUACGCGAACUCUUUAUCCGAAGCGGGGAGGUCUCAGAAGAAGGCGUAAUACCACUUCAGGCCUGUCUUAUUGAGCUUUCUAAGACAUGGAACGAUCUAGGCUUCACAAACCAAUGCCUAGUCAAUUUCAGCGAAGCUGAUAUGCAAAGACACGAGCAGCAGUUCAAAGAGUAUCGCAGCUAUCACGAAGUACACGAACUUGCUAGAAAGAUGCUUAGGACUGAUGUUGAGGGCUGGAUCACGCCCCAGGUCGAUUUUGCGGCAAAGCAACAGCAGAACGAAGAGCUGCUCCGAGAGGUCAUGCGCAGAAGCGAUGAGUACAACAAGUCACCGGAGGAGAUUUGUAAAAUUUGGCCAUACCAGGAAAAUUCACAGACUUAA